AUGAACACCCUCGCAAGCCCUCGGGUUUCCAUCAGCAAGCACCGCACCAUGCACACCGCGGCUGCCGGCAAUGCCGCUCGAAAGCAGAGCAGCAGCGGACAAACAGAGAUGAUUGCCGCGGCGCCGGGGCGGGAGUCGAACAAGCCGGCUGCCGAGGUCAUCGUGGAGCGCAUCCUAAAAGCUGCCGACCCACAUGUGAUGUCGCUACCGGUGUACUACGAUUAUAAGAAGGAUGCGCGCGUGUACAAGUGCUUCCCCAGCACACGGCAGGUUUCGACCUUGUUCGCCAUGGACGGCAACACUAUCGCUAAGGACUCGCCUGAGGCGCUGCAGCAGGAGGAGGAUCGCCAUCGCCGCAUCCAGGAGGUGGAGGUGGCCGCCGCGGCGGAGACGAACCCGGACUUGGUCGAGGAAGGCGUGUCCACGCGCAUCCUCAAGAACCAGUUCAACUAUAGCGACCGCGGCAGCCAGACGAUGAACCAGCCGAUGAAAGAGCGCACCGUCAUGACGGACCCGCCGCCGUCGGCCACCUUCGGCGGGCUCGCCACGGCGUGGGCCAUCUACGACGCCUACGAAGGGGAGCGCAUCCAGGCCGAGAAGGCAGCGGCGGCGCAACGGCGUGCCGCCCAAGCCGCACGAGCCAGCAAGGAUGAAGAGAACGCGCUCUUGCAUGCCGCGGCGGAAGCGUCUAUCCGCGACGGUGCGGAUGUCGGCCCGAAAGGCGUGGCGGAGCUGCUGGCGUCGCCGGAGUUUCGCAGCGCGCUGCAGGUAAUGGAGCGCAUGGUGAACCAGAACGACUGCCACGACAUUAUUGACGACUUCAAGUACUGGGAGGACCAGAGCGAUCUUUACAAGGAGGACGGCACGCUGCUGCCCUUGUGGCGAUUCUUCACGGAGAAGACGCGCAAGAAGGCCGUUACUGCCAUCGCCCUCAGCGGUCGCUACCCGGACCUCUUCGCUGUCGGCUAUGGUAGCUACGACUUCCUGAAGCCGAGCAAGGGCACCGUUCACUUCUUCACCCUCAAGAACGCAGUGCCAACGGGCUCCGGCGCCCCUGUUCCGGCGCACCCGGAGUUCUCCUUUCACCUAGACUGCGGUGUGCUCUGUAUCGCCUUUCACCCACGUGAGCACGCGCUGCUUGCCUGUGGCCUCUAUGACGGCAGCGUGUGCGUGUUCGACAUGCGGGUGAGCACCCACGACGCGGGGGGUGCGAACCACGCUCGCCCGCUCUACCGCGCCAACGUGCGCACCGGUAAGCACAUGGAUCCUGUGUGGCAGAUCAUGUGGAUGGAGAGCACACUCGAGCUGUCCUUCUACUCCAUCAGCACAGAUGGCCGCGUGGCGAACUGGAUGCUGAACAAGAGGGAGCUGACGUCGCGGGACGUGCUGAGGCUUAACACUGGCGUGUGCACCGCGGACCCGGAGCAGAUGCUGCUGAAUGAGCUCGGCGGCAUGUCGUUCGAUUACUCACCCACCCACGACAGGAUGGUCGUCGGCACGCAGGAGGGCAACCUGCUUCUGUGCACGGUCAGUCACAAUGGCCAGUGCGUCGAGCGCUAUGAGGGGCACAGCAUGGCGGUCUACACGACGCGCUGGAGCCCAUUCCACCCGGACAUCUUCCUCACCUGCUCCGCAGACUGGACUGUCAAGCUGUGGAUGAAGGGCUCCCCGUCUCCGUUGGUGGUGUUCGACCUCGGCGACGCCGUCGGGGAUGUCGCGUGGGCGCCGUACAGCUCCACCGUGUUUGCCGCCGUCACCGCGGGUGGCAAAGUGUGUGUAUUCGACGUAGCACAGAACAAGACGGAACCCCUGUGCGCGCAGACAGUCGUGAAGAACGCGAAGCUGACUCACAUCGUCUUCAGUGACGCGGACCCGAUACUGCUCGUCGGUGACACUCGCGGCACCGUUCUGACUCUCAAGCUGUCCCCUAACCUGCGCAAGGUGUCGAAGCCCGGGAAGGGAGAGCCGACGGAUGCGGCGCACAUCAAGACGUUGGAGGUAGAGAAGCUGAACCACCUGGUAGAGGUCACCAUGAAGGACCGCGCGUUGUUGGGUGUGUAG